GAAAAAUGAUUGGAACCGUAAACCGGAUGGACAAUGGUUUUAUCCUAUUUUUCGUUAUUUUGUUCAUUAUUGUGUGUUCUCAGAGCGUUCUACCUCUUCCGAUCCGAGCUCAAUUCCAGUCUUCGACAGAUUUAGUAUUUGUUCGAGUUUACUUUAGCAAUGGCAAACAAGCCUCAGAUCCGCACAAGUAGCUCCGCGCUCAUAGCUAUGAUCGCCGACGAGGACACGGUCACCGGGUUUCUGCUUGCUGGAGUCGGGAAUGUCGAUUUGAGGAGGAAAACAAAUUACCUCAUUGUGGACUCAAAAACAACUGUGAAACAGAUCGAGGAUACAUUCAAAGAAUUCACUACAAGAGAAGACAUUGCAAUUGUGAUGAUCAGCCAAUAUGUUGCGAAUAUGAUAAGAUUUCUAGUAGACAGCUACAACAAACCCGUCCCCGCAAUCUUGGAGAUCCCUUCCAAGGAUCAUCCAUAUGAUCCUGCGCAUGACUCUGUUCUUUCUCGAGUCAAAUACCUCUUCUCUGCAGAAUCAGUUGCCUCGGGAAGAUACUAAAGUAUUGCUUAUAAUAUUUAAUCAGAUUGCAUUGCUUGUUAUGUGUAUUUUUAACUUGUUCUUGUAGAACUCCUCGAAAGUGGAGACUUUUGAGCCAUGUGUUUUAUGGACAAUUCAAGAAUGCGGAAUAAUGCCGUGCAUACUACAACGGCAAUAUAAACAAUCACCGGCUUCUCUUACGGUAAAAAAAAAGAAGUUAAAUUCA